GUCGGAGUAUUUUAUAGCAAGACUAGUGAGGGAGAGUCAGAGAGAUGCGAAACAAAAGAAGAAGAAAGUUCAAAAGCAGGCGCAAACAGUGAGAUCGGAGGUCCUGGCUAAAUGGGCAAUGGGCGUCGAGAGAGCGGGAGUGGUCAAUUAAUUAGGAACACUAGUUCAUUAGUCAGAUCCGUCCGCGGAUCCAGAAUCUCCAUCGCUGUUCUCAUCGGCAUCCUUCUCGGUUGCAUUUUCGCUUUUUUCUUUCCUCACGGAUUCUUCUUCUCUCCCCCUCCUCCCCACCUCGUCUCAAAGGUUGGUUCAACACAAUGCGAGUCCUCAGAAAGGAUCAACAUGUUGAAAUCAGAGUUUGUAUCAGCUUCUGAGAAAAAUGCUGAACUUAAAAAGCAGAUUAGACAGUUAACUGAAAGGCUUCAGUUAGCUGAACAGAGGAAAGAUCAAGCACAGAAGCAAGUGCUUGUGUUGGGUGAGCAGCAUAAAGCUGGAAGUUUUGGAACUGUUAAGGGUUUAAGAACCAACCCUACUGUAGUCCCUGAUGAUUCUGUGAAUCCAAGAUUGUCCAAGAUAUUAGAGAAAAUAGCAGUUAAUAAAGAAGUUAUUGUUGCUCUUGCAAAUUCUAAUGUGAAGGAGAUGUUAGAGGUCUGGUUUACCAACAUCAAGAGAGUGGGCAUUCCCAAUUAUCUGGUUGUAGCUUUAGAUGAAGAUAUUACCAAUUUCUGUCAAAUAAAUAAUGUUCCUGUGUACAAGAGAGACCCAGAUGAAGGCAUUGAUUCAGUUGGUAGGGCUGGUGGAAACCAUGCUGUUUCAGGAUUGAAAUUUCGCAUCUUGAGAGAGUUCUUACAACUUGGUUAUAGUGUGUUGCUUUCUGAUGUUGAUAUAGUGUACUUGCAAAAUCCCUUUAAUCACCUUUAUCGCGAUUCAGAUGUGGAGUCCAUGACUGAUGGCCAUAAUAACAUGACGGCUUAUGGGUACAAUGAUGUUUUUGACGAACCAUCAAUGGGUUGGGCUCGUUAUGCUCAUACAAUGAGGAUAUGGGUUUAUAAUUCUGGAUUCUUUUACAUAAGACCAACAAUUCCUUCAAUUGAGCUUUUGGAUCGUGUGGCUAGCCGGCUAUCUAGUGAAAAAGCUUGGGACCAGGCAGUUUUCAAUGAGGAGCUCUUCUACCCUUCACAUCCUGGGUAUGACGGACUUCAUGCAUCUAGGAGAACUAUGGAUUUCUAUCUCUUUAUGAACAGCAAGGUGCUGUUCAAAACUGUAAGGAAGGAUGCAAAGUUGAGCAAGAUUAAACCGGUAAUUAUUCAUGUGAAUUACCACCCGGACAAGUUCCCAAGAAUGAAAGCAAUUGUUGAGUACUAUGUAAACGGUAAGCAAGAUGCAUUGAAGUACUUUCCUGAUGGUUCGGGAUAGUAGAUCUUGUUAUUCAGAUCAGAAAACGUAUCCAAAGUUUCCCUGAUUGGUUUUUCAAGGUGUUUGUAAUAUGAUAACUCAAAAAACAUCACACAGUUAGAUUAAACAUUAGCCCAGUAGCUAAGAAAAGUGUGGGUUUCUGAUUUUUUAGGCAAAUAGUAUGAGUUUGAUUGUCUGAACAUCUCAAGUAACUGCAUCUGUAUUUUGUUGUCAACUUCCUCUUCAACAAAACCUGCAUUUGGUUUAACAUUUUUAUCA